UUUCUACCAUCUUGAGCACAUAAAGCGAAAACGUUACUAACGUUAUUCCUCGAAAUGGGCGUUGUUUAAGCGUGUUUACUUUAAUAUCUACUUCGACUUUUUUAUCGUUUGAGAAAAACGGAGCGAAAUCGUCAUUGUAUGUUUUUGGAUUUAAUCAAUCAAACAAUCGCCUCUACUAAAUCAUGAGGAGUUUGAUCCGAUUUUGUGAAUAUGGUUCAUAAAUCUUGUUUCUUCUGUCUGUGGAUUUGGUUCUUACGUGGUGUGCUUUGCGAUACAGAUGCAGUGAAAUCAGUAUCAGUGAUGAAGGGAGGUUCUGUCACUCUAAACACUGAUGAUAAAGUAAAGAAAGAUGAUCAGAUACUGUGGACGUUUAAAGCUGACAAUCCAGACACUGUUAUAGCUGAAAUCAACAGACAGAACAUCUAUAUAGAUGCCACUAAUACAACAUUUGAGAAAAGACUCCAGAUAGACAGUCAAACUGGAUCUCUGACCAUCAGAAACAUCAGAACUGAACACUCUGGACUUUAUAAACUACAGAUCAUCAGAAACAGAGUAAUCUCACACAAGAGUUUCACAGUUGCUGUUUAUGCUCCUGUUCCCAUUCCUGUCAUCAGCAGAAACACUUCAAACUGUUCUUCAUCAUCAUCAUCAUCACAGCAGAAUUGUUCAUUGGUGUGUUCAGUGGUGAAUGUGAGUCAUGUGACUCUCUCCUGGUACAAAGGAAACAGUUUAUUGUCCAGCAUCAGUGUGUCUGAUCUCAGCAUCAGUCUCUCUCUACCUCUGGAGGUGGAAUAUCAGGAUAACAACACCUACAGCUGUGUGCUCAACAAUCCCAUCAGCAACCAGACUCAACAUCUGGACAUCAGUGGACUCUGUCACAGAUGUAAAGAUGUCCUUCAGAAGUCACAUCUUAUUCCACUGAUAUCAGCUGGCUUAUUAAUACUGGUCUUGGCUGUAGUUGUAGGGUUGGUAUACUUUCACCGCUGGAACUGCAAACAAGCAAUACCAGAGGUUCAGACUUGUGAGGAAGAGGUACUUUAUGCCGAAACAACAUUUUGUGCACGCAGUAUUCACAGUACGAAACCAGAUGAAGAGCACCACAUCAUAUACUCGAGUGUUAAUGCAAAAUGACAUGAUCAGUGGUAUUAGCAAUUUUAUUUAUUUUUUGCAACUAAUAUGAAACCGGCAUGUAAAAGUCAUUUUCAAGUGUUAACUUUAGGGUCAGUCAUCUCAAAGUGCAUCUCUUAAGAGUGCAUAAGGACACAUUUUCAGAGAGUGAUGAAUGGUUCACAGUUAUGACUGUAAGUGAUUGAAAAAACCUAGUGUUUCAAUGUCAUCAGUAUUUGAUCACUAUUUCAGUAUCAGCAUUUUCUCUAGCUCACACUGACAUUCCAUGCCAUAGAAUGCUAGCAGAUACAUUAACAUCAUAUAUUUGUAUUACUCAUUUUUCUGGAAUACUUGAUUUUGAUUGCUCAGUUGUUAUUGAGCAGUCAAACAUUUCUGAGUAAUCUCCACUCAUGUGGGUAACUCAGUAUAACUGACCAUUUAUCCGGAAAAUCGAAUAGAUAUGUUUUAAUGGAUUAUACCUAGUGUUACAUUAGGCCUUCAGUGUUUGGCGUCGGUUCCUUUGAUAAAAAUAACUUUGGCUUGCCAACAUGCUGUUACUUGUUCUGUGGGUAGUUGUUUACCUGUUCGGCAAGGCAUGUUCAUUCAAGCUCAGCUCUGUUGCUGGAAUCUUUCUCUUAUACUCUGUUAAAACAUUCACAGUACACUGUAAAAAAAAUUCCGUAAAAUUUACGGUAAAAAACCGGC